UGAAACUAACGUACCCAUUCAGCGCCAAUAGGACGGUGGGACUACAGGUAGGCGUCCUUUUACUGCGUCCUUCGGCUCAGUCGGUACUUUCCGGGGAAGCAAGUGGACCGAGCAGACCAUGAGCUCUCUGAGGAUUGAGACCUGAGGCAAAACUUCGCUCAGUGUUUCUUAAAUAUCUCAAACUGUUUCUUUUGAGAGUAGACGAUCUGUUUUUCUGUGACUGUCGAGGUAUUUUGGCUAGAAAACACGUCUACAGAGAGCUGGUUUGAAAGGUUUUCUAAAUAAUUGAUUGGAAAAACCACAUUUGUCAUAUGUGAGGACAUCUCAAUGUGGACACAACGUUGAAGAGAACACACUGAUCCCAAGAGGUCAGACACUCUCUGUUCCAGAUCCCCCCUGCAGGAGGACAUGGAAGUCCUGCGGCGGUCCUCUGUGUUUGCUGCAGAAGUCCUGGAUGUGUUUGACCGAUCGUUGACUGAGAAGGAGCUGGUAACCCAGUCUAAAGCCUUGUGCAGAGACUACAUACUGUCCAGACUCAACCAGAACGGACUGGGAUGGUCCAAAACUGAACUCACCCUCUCUCCGUCAAACGCAGCGCUUGCUGAGGUUUCUUUGGUGCUUCUCUGUCUCGGCGAUGAGCUGGAGUGCAUACAGCCCAGUUUGUACAGGAACGUGGCACGGCAGCUCAACAUCUCUGUUGCCAUGGAGAACAUGGUUUCAGAUGCCUUCAUCGGCGUGGCAACAGAGAUCUUCUCAACAGGUGUAACAUGGGGUAAGGUGGUAUCCAUGUAUGCAGUAGCCGGAGCCCUGGCAGUGGAUUGUGUCAGACACGGACAUCCAACCACCGUUCACAUCAUAGUGGACAGUCUGGGCCAGUUUGUCCGCAAGUUUCUGGUUCCUUGGCUGAAGAGACGGGGAGGAUGGGCAGAGAUCACGAAAUGUGUGGUGAAAAAGGAUCUCACCCCUGAGCACCACUGGCUGUCGUCCAUCAUCGAGUCCCUGAAAUACUUCCUCACUACAAUGUACGUGUACAUCAUGAAGGAACCAUGACUCAGCGCAGGAGUUGUCAUCGUUGAUUGUUUUGAGAUUGAAAUCUCAAACUUAUUAAUAAUAGAUGGAUUGGAGAUGGUCGCUAUGCCUGCGUGCAGACAUCAAUCUGUCGCUGAAUGACCAUCAACAAGUGUUUCAUCAGCAUCGUGUUUGUGUCAUCUCGGUGUCGGAUAAGUGAUUGCUCUUCAUCCAAAGAGUCGUAACUGUGAUAUUUAAGAGCAUGAAUGGCAACAAAACAAGUUUGUGUCACUCCACCUCUUUAUACAUACUUUCACGUUGCUUACACCGGUGCAGUAAGCUUCUCCAGUGUUGUGACUGUAAUGCGUGAUGGUGUUCAGGUUGAAUGUGAGGUUGUUUGCACUCCUGAGAAAAAUCGUUCGAUGCUUUGAUUUGAUGCUCGUCUCCUGAAGGAAUAAUGAAGGUGAAAGCCACACUCGCUCAGCUGGCUGGGUCUGCGACGGACUACUAUCACAUAAUGAAGUUGUUUUCAACUGCUUUCACUUCUUUGAUUUACACUAUUGUACUUCACCAAAGCACAAGCAGUGUCUCCUCCCAAAUAUUUAAAUAUAGAUUUAAACCUUCUGCUGCAAUUUGACCAAGAAAUGUUGGCGUUUUUGGCCAAAGAACUUAAGGACCGAAAAAUGGUACGAAGUGCAUCCGCGAAGUUUGGUGAAAUUUAUUUCUUUUUUUUAAUCUGUGAAUAUUUGUAUUUAUCUCUCUCCAGGAUGAUUGUAUGGUAUGCUUGAUGGUUGUCACUUUCAGUGUUAAUUUAUAAAUGAGUGUUUGUUUUUAUAAAAAGCUUCAAUAAACUUAACAAAGAUCUUCACACGUA